AGACGCGACAAGAUGCGAAUAAACAACUAGUAUAUAGAAUCAUUCAGAGAACAGAGAGAGGUCGAUCGAGACUCAGAAGCAAUGGUGUCAAAUUCGGGUUACAGUUCUCUAGCUCGUAUUAUAAAUACUACCCCGACAUUUCAUUUACCCACGUUCAAUUGUUCCAAACAUUAUUCUUGUGCUCUCAAAUUCAAUCUCCCAAACCGAUCAAACAACUUGCUGAAUCGCUCUACCACUUCUUCUGGUUGUGGAAUUUGCAGAUUUUAUUGGAAUCGAGCACCUUCGUUAUUGGCUUUUCAGAGAAGAGAGAACCGUACACCCUACAUAAAGCUAUACAAGGAGAAAUCAGAGGCAGAAGAAAGAGAGAUGACCAUCAAACCGGCGGUUCGCAUCUCGGAGCGGAAGCUGAUAGUCAAGGACCGGACGAUUCUGACGGGAGUACCGGACAAUGUGGUCGCCACCUCCGGUUCGUCUUCCGGUCCUGUCGAGGGGGUCUUCCUCGGCGCGGCUUUCGAGGGGGACAACAGCAGGCACGUGAUUCCCUUAGGAACUUUUCACGACGUCCGCUUCUUGGCGUGCUUCCGGUUCAAGUUAUGGUGGAUGGCCCAGAAAAUGGGCGAUCAAGGAAGAGAUAUCCCGCUCGAGACUCAAUUCCUAUUGGUGGAGACCAAGGACGGGUCCCACCUCGAAUCCGACGACGGAGACGAAGAGAAUCAGAUCGUCUACACCGUGUUCCUCCCCCUUAUCCAAGGCUCUUUCAGAGCUUGCUUGCAAGGCAACGCACAGGACGAGCUCGAGCUCUGUCUGGAGAGCGGCGACGCUGACACCAAAGCGUCGUCGUUUUCGCACUCGCUAUUUAUCCACGCCGGGACGGACCCGUUCGCCACAAUUACUGAAGCAAUCAGGGCCGUUAAAGUUCACUUGCAGACGUUUCGUCAACGGCACGAGAAGAAACUCCCCGGAAUCGUUGACUAUUUCGGGUGGUGCACCUGGGACGCGUUUUACCAGGAGGUGACUCAGGAAGGCGUUGAGGCUGGGCUUGAGUCCUUAGCCGCCGGUGGCACCCCGCCGAAAUUCGUUAUCAUCGACGACGGCUGGCAAUCCGUUGGCGGCGACGAACAGCAGGGGUUGCUUAGGUUGACUGGGAUCAAAGAAAAUUCAAAGUUUCAAAAGAAGGACGAUCCGACUGUGGGGAUUAAGAACAUUGUGAACAUAGCGAAGCAAAAGCACGGGUUGAAGUACGUGUACGUGUGGCACGCAAUCACCGGGUAUUGGGGCGGGGUGCUGCCCGGGAUCAAAGAAAUGGAGGAAUACGGAUCCCUGAUGAAGUAUCCGAAUGUGUCCAAAGGAAUUGUGGAGAAUGAGCCAACAUGGAAAACGGAUGUAAUGGCCGUACAAGGUUUGGGUCUAGUUGACCCCAAAAGCGUAUACAAAUUCUACAACGAAUUGCACAGUUACUUGAGCUCUGCGGGUGUAGAUGGGGUUAAGGUGGACGUGCAGUGCAUACUCGAAACUCUCGGAGCCGGGGUGGGCGGUCGGGUGGAGCUCACCCGGCAGUACCACCAGGCCCUGGACGCGUCGGUGGCCCGGAAUUUUCCAGACAAUGGGAUCAUAGCGUGCAUGAGCCACAAUACUGAUGCGCUCUACUGCUCCAAACAGACGGCCGUCGUGAGGGCGUCGGACGAUUUCUACCCACAUGACCCGGUGUCGCACACGAUCCACAUUGCGGCGGUUGCGUACAACAGCGUGUUUCUCGGCGAGUUUAUGCUGCCCGAUUGGGACAUGUUCCACUCACUCCACCCGGCGGCUGAGUACCACGCGUCCGCCAGGGCCAUCAGUGGUGGGCCCAUCUAUGUCAGUGAUGCGCCUGGGAAGCACAACUUUGAGCUACUGAGGAAGCUGGUGUUGCCUGAUGGGUCGGUGCUCCGAGCCCGAUUGCCGGGAAGACCGACCCGGGACUGCUUGUUCUCAGAUCCGGCCCGAGACGGGGUGAGCUUGUUGAAGAUAUGGAACAUGAACAAGUACACAGGCGUGCUUGGUGUGUACAACUGCCAAGGAGCGGCGUGGAGCACCACAGAACGGAAGAACGCGUUCCACGAAACCAAGUCAGAAGCCAUCACAGGUUUCAUUCGCGGCCGCGACGUCCACCUCAUUGCAGAGGCCGCCGUCGAAUCCGAUUGGAGAGGUGACUGUGCCGUCUACAGUCACCGGACGGGAGAUCUGGUGACGCUGCCUUACAAUGCGUCCCUGCCCAUCUCUCUCAGAGUGCUUGAACACGAGAUUUUCACGGUGACCCCCAUCAGGGUUUUGGGCUCUGGCAUCAGUUUCGCUCCCUUGGGACUGGUGGACAUGUAUAACGCAGGGGGGGCCAUUGAAGGGUUGAGAUAUGAAGAGAAUGGAACUAAUGGUUUGGUUCGAUUGGAGGUUAAGGGGUGUGGCAGGUUUGGCGCCUACUCUUCAGCUAAGCCCAGGAGGUGUUGCGUGGGUUGCAAUGUGGUAAAUUUUGACUACAAUUCCUCAUCUGGGUUGGUGCGCUUGAGCUUGGACCAUUUGCCUGAGGAGGAGGAGGAGGGUCAUAAAGUUCACGUCGUUGAGAUAGAGUUAUAAGAAAUGGUUCUUCAUCCAUCAUUAGGCUUAGUUAGAUUGGAUAAAUGGGUUCAUUGUCCGUUUCGAAUUCCCUGCUCUUCUCUGUUGAGAACGCCCAUUGAAUUAUGUAAUAGUUGGGAGGGAGGAAAUAUUAAAUUUUGAAUAAUUUUAUAUUGUAACUCGUAUCAAUAAUGUAGAAAUAUCAGUUUCAUUUGCCUAAAUGAAUGUCUUACAUUCAAGUUGUUC